ACACCACAACAGACUAUACUCUAGGGCUCAAACCUUUCCGAUUGGCCCUUUUGGCCUCCACUACGAGGCCAGUGACAUUUUCCCUGGUGCAUGCGCGUCACUUGCUUCCGGCCGGGGCGCUCGGUGUACCGGCCUUUGCCGCCCGGGUGGAACUCCUAUCCGGCUUUGCUCGCCUAGGUUCCUCCUUGUGCAAUGGCUCGGGACUCAGGUCCGCUUCCUGAAGGACCUCUCUUAAGACUCCUACCUUUAGACUCUAGAGACCGGGACACCCAGCGCUGUCGCCUGGGCCCGGCAGCCUUCCGUGUCUUGGGUGCGCACUUGGGCUCAGCGGUGAAGAUAUCGCUGCCUGACGGCGGCUCCUGCCUUUGCACUGCUUGGCCGCGGCGAGACGGAGCGGACGGGUUUGUGCAAUUGGAUCCGAAGUGCGCGAGCCCCGGGUGGGCAGUCGGGGCGCCGGGGUUCCAAGGGAGUCUCAGCCUGAGCCACCUCCGCCUGGUGCCCUGCCCGCCCCUUCGGCGCCUCACUGUGUGGCCGGAGUUGCGGGAGCAGGCGGGCGCGCCUGGUGCUCCAAAUCCAGCCGCGGUCCUGGAGGCAGCACAGGAGCUUUUGCGGAACCGGCCGGUCUCCCAGGGACACGUGGUGGCCGCCAGCCCCGGCGUCCCCGGCCCGGUGGCCGCCCUGCACAUCGUCAGCGGGGUGCCUAGUCCGGAUCCUGCUGGGCUGGUCACUCCUCACACCCUCAUCGGCCUCAGCUGCAAGCCUCCGUCCGUAGCGCAGUCGCAGCCCGAGGUGCCUUUGGGGGGCCUUUCGGAGGCGGCCGACUCGCUGCGAGAGCUCCUCAGUCUGCCGCUCCGCUACCCUCGCGCCUUGGCCACGUUGGGGCUAGCAGUGCCCCGUGGGGUGCUCCUGGUGGGUCCCCCCGGAGUGGGCAAGACCCAGCUAGUGCGGGCGGUGGUCCGGGAGACGGGCGCGGAGUUGCUGGCAGUGAGCGCCCCUGCGCUGCAGGGCGCCCGGCCGGGGGAGACCGAGGAGAACGUGCGGCGGGUCUUCCAACGCGCCCAGGAGCUGGCCAGCCGCAGGCCCACUCUUCUCUUCCUGGACGAGGUAGACGCUCUGUGUCCGCGGCGGGGCGGCCCACACCAAGCCCCGGAGAGCCGCGUGGUGGCCCAGGUGUUGACGCUGCUAGACGGCAUCAGCGGGGACCGCGAGGUGGUGGUGGUGGGAUCCACCAACCGUCCGGACGCUCUGGACUCAGCGCUGCGCAGACCCGGGAGAUUUGACCGAGAGGUUGUCAUUGGGACUCCCACACUUAAACAAAGAAAGGAGAUUCUGCAGGUGAUUACCUCAAAGAUGCCCAUCUCUCCUCAAGUCAACUUGAGCCUCCUUGCGGAAAUGACAGUCGGCUAUGUUGGUGCAGACCUGAUAGCACUCUGUAGGGAGGCCGCCAUGCUCGCUCUGCUUCAUGGUGAGAAGAACCAGGACAAUCCAACGAUUGAUGAAACAGACUUCCUUGAAGCUUUUAAAAAGAUUCAGCCUUCGUCAUUUCGAAGUGUCAUUGGGCUGAUGGACAUCAAACCUGUUGGCUGGGAGCAGAUUGGUGGCCUUGAAGAUGUGAAACUGAAGUUAAAACAGAACAUCGAAUGGCCUCUGAAAUUCCCACACGAAUUUGCUAGGAUGGGCCUGCCACCACCAAAGGGCGUUCUCCUCUGUGGCCCCCCUGGAUGUGCUAAAACCACCCUGGUGCGGGCCCUGGCCACCAGCUGCCGUUGCUCUUUGGUUUCUGUGAGCGGAGCUGAUCUCUUUUCACCUUUUGUUGGAGACUCAGAAAAACUCUUGUCUCAGGUGUUUCGACAAGCAAGAGCAAAUACUCCAGCAAUUGUGUUUUUGGAUGAAAUUGAUUCAAUCGUGGGCGCUCGAUCGGUCAGCAGCACAGGAUGUGAUGUUCAAGAGCGUGUUCUUUCUGUUCUCCUGAAUGAAUUAGAUGGUGUUGGACUGAAAACCAUAGAGAGAAGAGGAAGUAAAUCAGAUCAACAGGGUAAAUACAAGGAGCUGAAAAAAAUGAAGAGGUAUUUAUUAUUUCAGGAAGUUUUUAAUCGAAAUGUCAUGAUUGUUGCGGCAACAAAUAGACCGGAUGUGUUAGACGAUGCCCUGUUACGGCCCGGAAGGCUAGACAAGAUUAUUUGUGUUCCACCUCCAGAUGCAGAGGGCAGGCUUUCCAUUUUGAAAGUCUAUGCAGAAAAGAUGCCAGUGGGGCCUGAUGUUUCCUUAGAAAGCCUAGCUGCAGAAACCCGCUUUUUCUCUGGGGCUGAUCUUGGAAACCUCUGCAAAGAAGCUGCCUUGCUGGCUCUGCAAGAAAAUGGACUAGAAGCAACCGCUGUGAAACAAGAGCACUUUCUAAAAUCUCUUCAGACUGUAAAGCCGUCCUUAAGUCACAAGGAUUUGACUUCAUAUAAAAACUUAUUUCAGACACAAGAAUUUUCUAAUUUAGAGGAUAUUUAAAAAGCAUAUACCUGCUGAAGGAUUAAUUGAAAUAUGAACUUGAACUACAGUUUGCAACUUCAGUUUUACAGUUUGUACAUGUUAUUUCUUGUAAAUAAAACAAACUUGUGCCUGAUAAGCUAAGAUUUAUCUUAUUUCUAAAAGGUAUGUUAAAAUAUCAUACUUUAGGAAGAAGGUAAUGUACAUGUGUUGAUUAUGCAGUGGGGGGGUGGUUUGGUUUGGUUUGGGUUGAUUGCAUUUUUAACUUUAUUUUGAAAUAUUUUCAUACAGAAAAGCUGCAAGAAUAGUAUAAAGAACUCUGAUAUAUUCUAACCCAUAUUCACCAUUUUUUUGCAUUUUGCCAUAUGCUGAACUACAGACAUACUUCAUUUUAUUCCUCCUUGCUUUACUGCGCUUCACAGAUGUUUCAUUUUUCACAAAUUGAAGGCAAGACCCCCCACCAGCAAAAAGAUUACAGCUCGUUUUAUUGUGAUACUUUAUUGCAGUGGUUUGGAAGUGAACCUGCCAUAUCUCUGAGUUAUGCUUGUGUUUAAGAAUAGAUAUACUGAGAAUUUCAUCUGGAUAAGAUUCUCUUGCAUGUGGGCUGGGAACUUUAAAAAUUUGAAAUAUGAUUAACAUUCUUAUGAGAUUUAAAUAUUACAGAAUCUGUACAAUUAUUGAGCAUUCACUAUGUGGUGGGCAUCGUGCUGGCCUCAAGGAUCUGGUGUAGGAAAGGAUGCAUUUGAGAGCGACUGAUGAGGAGAUCUCAGGGGUAAUUGGAUGUGGCUGGUGAAAUCCAAAUGGCUCCGAGGCCUCUCACCUGAAUUAGCUGGGCAGGUGGUGGUGCCAAGACAAAGAAUUCGGGAGGGAGAAAAAUGGGAACUGUUCAAGGGAGGAGUGGAUAAGGAAGAAAAUGAAUUAGACUACGUAUGUGCCCUGACUGGGAAUCAGACUCACAAUCUUUCUGUUACAGGACGAUGCUCCAUCCAACAGCCACACUAGCCAGGGCCAGCGUAUAUUUCUUACAAAUAAGGUUAUUAUGUGACCACAGUGCAUCAAAUUCAAAUU